AUGGCAACCUCCACUGCCCGCCCCCAGCAGCCUGCGCUGAGAAGGAACCAGACAGCCGAUUCGACUAUCAACUCAGUCUCGGCCUCGCCCUUUGACUCCCCAGCCGGCUCAGCCUCCAACACGUCGCUGUCCUCGCUGGACGAGCAGCCCCAGACCUCCAAGAAGUCAUCCCACGGAAAGCUUCUCGACACGUACGGCAACGAGUUCGAGGUCCCCGACUACACCAUCAAGCAGCUGCGCGAUGCCAUCCCCAAGCACUGCUUCGAGCGCUCCGCUAUCCGUGGUCUGGGCUACGUCGCCCGCGACGUCGCCUCGCUCGCCGCUACCUUCUACGUGUUCCACAACUACGUGACCCCCGAGACGGUCCCCUCCAUGCCCCUCCGUGCCGUGCUCUGGGCUGCAUACACUGUCCUGCAGGGCCUCUUCGGCACUGGUCUGUGGAUCCUUGCCCACGAGUGCGGCCACCAGGCAUUCUCACCCUCCAAGGUGCUUAACGACACUGUCGGCUGGUUCUGCCACUCGGCCCUUCUCGUCCCAUACUUUUCGUGGAAGAUCUCCCACGGCAAGCACCACAAGGCCACCGGCCACAUGGAGCGUGACAUGGUCUUUGUCCCCAAGACGCGUGAAGUAUACGCUACGCGUGUCGGCAGGGCGGUCCACGAGAUUUCUGAGCUGGCCGAGGAGACUCCUAUUUAUACCCUGCUCCACACCAUCGGCCAGCAGCUCGGUGGAUGGCCCAUGUACCUCAUUUCCAACGUCACCGGCCACAACAACCACGACCGCCAGAUCGAGGGCAAGGGCAAGGGCAAGAAGAACGGCAUGUUCGGUGGCGUCAACCACUUCAACCCCUCCAGCCCCUUGUACGAGAAGCGUGACGAGCACCUUAUCCUGCUCUCCGAUCUCGGUAUCGGUCUCGUUCUCGCUGCUCUCACUGUGGUCGGCAAGACCUACGGCUUCAAGAACCUUCUCGUCUGGUACAUCAUUCCCUACCUCUGGGUCAACCACUGGCUCGUCAUGAUCACCUUCUUGCAGCACACCGACCCCACCCUGCCCCACUACGACGCCACCGCCUGGACCUACACUCGUGGUGCCGCUGCUACCAUCGACCGUGAGUUUGGCUUCAUCGGACGUACUCUCCUCCAUGGUAUCGUCGAGACUCACGUCCUCCACCACUACAUCUCCACCAUCCCCUUCUACCACGCCGACGAGGCCACUGAGGCUAUCAAGCCCAUCAUGGGCCGUCACUACCGCUCUGAUACCAAGGAUGGCCCCAUCGGUUUCUUGAAGGCUCUGUACAAGAGCGCACGCUGGUGCCAGUGGGUCGAGCCCAGCGUCGGUGCCGAGGGCGAGGGUAAGGGUGUUCUAUUCUUCCGUAACCACAACGGUCUCGGUACGCCACCUCAGAAGCUCGAUGCUUCCGGAGCCAAGAAGGCUGCGAAGAUGGAGGUUGGCCCUGAGAGUGACAACGAGUAA